GCAUAAAAGACGUUUUCUGUUAUGGACUAGACGGCGGCAUGCAUUGGUCAAGGAAGUGUACCGGCUGAAAAAAUAUUAUUUACGGAGAAAAUAUAUCAACUUUUGAGGCCUUCGCCAAGGCCGCAAGAUGGCUUCUCAAAGCGAGAGGUUCAGCCUUGAUUUUGAAUACGACGAGGGUCCAACGAUUGAAUGGGACCUCUAUGAAAAUGACGCGGAAGAAAUUAUGAUCAUCACGUCUGAAGAUACCACUGCACAGACAGAACUCACUGAGAUCCCAGAAAGCGACCAUACUUCAUAUGGGUUCGCGCUAGAUGUCUGCAGGGCACUGGUCGUCGUAUAUUGCUUAGUAUACUUUACUGUAGUGGGUUUUAUAACAUGGAAAUCGUACCAAUUGGAACCAGAGGCGGAUUUUUCGUCGGACAAAGAAAAUAAAAGGAAAAUAUAAAUUGA